CACACAGCAGAGGAGGAACUAACUGAAACUCCUCGGCUUGAGGAGGAGGAAAGAAGAGGGGAAAGUUAAGAAGAUAUUUGCUGGGAAUUAAAAGCGGGACGUGAUUUUCAAUAAGGAGGAACUGUGACAAUGGUGUCUUUAGGCCUUGAGCUGGUCGGCGUGACUCUGUCGGUGCUGGGCUGGGUGCUGAGCGUGACCAGCUGCGCCCUGCCCAUGUGGAGAGUGUCGGCCUUCAUCGGCUCCAACAUCGUGACGGCUCAGGUGUACUGGGAGGGAUUGUGGAUGAACUGCGUGUUCCAGAGUACGGGUCAGAUGCAGUGUAAGGUCUACGACUCCAUGCUGGCGCUGCCUCAGGACCUGCAGGCUGCGCGCGCGCUCACCGUCGUCUCCAUCAUCAUCGGGUUGGUAGCCCUGCUCAUCGCCGUGGUGGGGGCAAAGUGCACCAACUGCAUCGAGGAGGAAGGCGCGAAAGCUCGGGUGAUGGCCGCCGCGGGGGGCUCCUUCAUCACGGCGGCUCUCACCCAGCUGGUGCCAGUGUCCUGGUCGGCGCACACCAUUAUCAUUGAAUUCUACAGCCCGCUCAUCCCCUCCGGGCAGAAGAUGGAGAUUGGGGCGGCCAUGUCGAUGGGCAUGGAGAUCGUGGGCAUCGCCCUCGGCGUCAUCGGCUUCAUCAUCGCCAUCGUGACGUGCGCCCUGCCCAUGUGGAGGGUGACCGCUUUCGUCGGCGCCAACAUCAUCACGGCGCAGACCAUCUGGGAGGGCCUGUGGAUGAACUGCGUGACCCAGAGUACGGGUCAGAUGCAGUGUAAGGUGUACGACUCCAUGCUGGCGCUGCCUCAGGAGCUGCAGGCGUCCCGAGCCAUGAUGAUCAUCGCCAUCAUCCUCGGCGUGCUCGGGGUCAUGAUCUCCAUCGUCGGCGCCAAGUGCACCAACUGCAUCGACGACGAGGCGGCCAAGGCCAAGGUGAUGAUCAUUGCUGGGAUCUUCUUCGUGAUCGCCGGCCUCUUGGUCCUCAUCCCCGUGUCCUGGACGGCGAGCGUCGUCAUUCGUGAUUUCUACAACCCCAUCGUGCCCAGCUCGCAGCGACGGGAGCUCGGGGCGGCGCUCUACAUCGGCUGGGGCGCCAGCGCUCUGCUCCUGAUUGGCGGCGCCAUGCUGUGCAGCAGCUGCCCACCGAAAGAGAAGAAGUACAAGCCACCCCGCAUGGCGUACAGCGCCCCGCGCAGCGCCAGCGCGGGCGGCGGCGGCUACGACAGGAAAGACUAUGUUUGAAAAUGUUUAAAUGUUGGAAAAUUUUUUGUUUUUGUGUUGUAUUGUGCUGUCUGAACCACAGGAAAAGACUCCGAGAUGAAGAUGUGUGUGCAAAUAUUGAUCUUUAUGCUUCGCUUCCGGCUGAAUGUUCAUUUACAUCAGUUUGAAGUCUUUGUUCUGCUGUGAUCCUGCAGGUGUGUCUCGUUAAAGAGACACCUUUUAUAGCCAGUUUUUCUUUAACUUUGUUCCUGUAAAAUUUCAAACUGGUAAACAUUUUGUAUUUAUACUUAAACUUCUGUGACUUAUGAAUCUGAAACACCUGCUUCUUCUGUGUUUGUGCAUGUGUGACUGUGUGACUGUGUGUGUGUGUGUGUGUGUGUGUGUGUGUGUGUGUGUGUGUUACUCUCUGGUGUCAUUUUUCAGUGAAACCUUCAGUUGAAAUGCUCCGUGUUGCUGUAAUUGAUGAGGAAAAGCUGGCUCUCAUUUUACAUGGAUUUGGUUGUGUGUGUGUGUGUGUGUGUGUGCGUGUGUGUGUUUUGCAUGUAAUAUUUGCUUAGGAGAGUUUCUGCUGAGACUGAAACUAAAGAUGGAUCCGUGAUACGGCCCGAGGUAACAAUUUUACCUUCCUCCUCACAGUUUUCACUGUUUGAGGACGUAAAAACAAAAGACUGAGAGCCACACAAAGACUUUUUUUAUGUCCAAAUGUGUGAGUUUAUUUUAUAUUUCUGUAAUAAAUGUAUUGUAUAUUAAGGUAAUCUGCGGGUUUGUAUUUAAAACAGACAUGUAUUGUGAGUUUUGUUUUGUAUCUUAUUUUUAUAUCUCAGCCUGUAAACGUCCUCUGUGUGUCAAACAAAGAGCCAAAGGACUUAUUUUGUGUGUGUGUGUGUGUGUGUGUGUGUGUGUGUGUGUGUGUGACUGACAACCUGCAGGCACGUGACUUCAGCUGUUGUAGGAUGUUUGUUUUCACAGCAGCAGGAUGUAGUUUUGUGCAGAAAUGAAACAUUUCACUAAUUCAUCUCUGUAUCUUUAAAAGCUUUGUUUUAAAAAAUAGCUGAUUUAUAAGAUAAAACGCUUUUGUUAAAUGUUUUAUAGUCGUGUUUGAAUUUCAGAUGCUGAAGAUU